AUGACCGAGCCCAUUCCAUUGCGAUGGAAAUUUUCUCGCCGCUUCUAUGAGCCCAUCCUUCUCGAGGUGGUGUUAAAGAAGAUCCGCCCGCCCGACUUUUCCGAAUCUCAGCACGCGCCCAACACCAUCAGAGACAGCAGCGAUAGUGCGGAGCCGACCUUUAGAUGUUUCGUGAAUAGACUCGCGCAGGUUUGCGAUAACCUGCGAGGAGCGAACGGGGCUACCGUUACGGGCAUUGCCGUCCUGUUGGAGCCUGAGGGUGUUCACUACAUCAUUGGAUCCAACAACCGGAGAGCAGCAAGGCUUCAUGAAGUUGGAGUCUUUGUCACGGAGUUGCUGAAUAUUGCAGCCAGAACGACAGAUCAACAGGCGGACGGAGGUCUGCAAGUGCAUGGAGAAGCUCUGUGGCACGUUCUCAGGUUUGACGAGAAUCGUGUUCGAUUUUACCUGACGAGCACGGUAGAACAUUUGCAGUCGUGUAUUGAUGAUUACGAUAGAAAAUAUGAGACAAAGUCGUUGGGUAUCCUUGUCGGGCCAGCAGCGGAAGCAUCGAAAUUCAGAAGACAACUCUCCGAACUGACGCGGCUCGUCAGAAUCGCUGACGACCGAACGCUUGACGAACGAGCAUACUUUGCUGCUUGUAAAGCCCUAUUUCUGUUCAUUCAUGACGCUCACCGUCAGAAAUUGGGCGACUCCAUCUCGGAGCAGGCACGAGAUGGUGAAAUCGACAGCAAGAAGAACUGGAAAGACCUUCGCCACUCUGUUGGCCGAUUGCACUCAUAUUAUCUCGCCGUCAAGACCAUUGUUCGUGCGAGCAGCCUCUGGAAGCGAUUAUGCCACGAUUUCAAGGUGACGGUCAUUCCAUCGGCUCCAGUUCACCCGCACCCAUUAUACAGGAAGCGACCAGUUGCAAGUGAGAUACUUGGAAGAAUAUCUUCUGAUGAGGGCAAGAUAGCCACAUACCGCUCCUUGGCUGCCGGGCUGCAACCGCUGGGGCUGGAUCUAGGCAUCUUGGAGGAGUGCAACGACUUUUCUCAGACGCACAUGGUUCAUGCUGAGGUCCUCGUCCUGGACUACGUAUUGAAGUACAUGCAGGAAAACGAUGACACCGAGUUUUGGAACAACUGGCGGUAUAUCGGGAGCAGCAAGCCAAUCUGCCGUCUCUGCAACUACUACUUCACUGCCCACACAAGCGGAGUGCAGGUGCGCGAGUCGCACAACAACCUGUAUCCUCACUGGCGCGCCCCGGAUGUCUUUGACGAAGCUGCGAUGAAGGCGACGGAGAAGCUGCUUGACGCAGUCAUCAAGAGGACCAGAGCUGAUGUAGUGCGGUCGCUCGAAUCGCAGAGAGCGCAAGGGAGGCAGUUUGACUCUAACUCGUUCUCGUAUCAGCCAUGGCAAAAGACCGCGACAUCUGUCAGCGAACUUAUUUCCAACAGGCCAUCUGUCAGCGACCUUAUUUCCAAUUUCACGAACUUGAGGACUAUCGACGAGGAGGAUGGGAGGAGCACUGCCGGGGAAGUGCAUGAUGAUGACGAGGAGGGUAGAAUCGUGUUCAAAGGACGGAGAUCACUGGCAGCUCGUGGUUGA